AGGUACACCAGUCACACUCUGAAAAAUAAGUUUCUAGAGUCCAGUCCAGCAUGGGUGUACGGGCACAAGUUCUUUUCUGCUGGCUUCAGGUUAUUUGUGCUGUCGUGUUUGGUGAUGUUUGGAAGGUGCAGAUAGAGUCUGAAAUGGAGGCUCUGGUCUCAUCUUGUGUCGUGUUGCCCUGUUCAUUCAAAUACCCUGCUCAACAACAGCCCUCCAGUCGUAUUAAAGGCAUGUGGCACAUGAAGGACAACAGGGAGGAUUUAAUCUAUCACAAUGAUCCUACAAGGGUUCUAGAAAAUUUCAAGGGUCGUACAAAACUGACUGGGUCACUUGGUGAUUUAAACUGCUCCUUGGAGAUUGAUGAAGUCAAAAACCAUGACAAUGGCCCGUAUUGUUUCAGGGUAGAAUUAGAGACAUCUAAAACAGACAAAUACUCCUUUGUGGAUAACUGUGUGACAAUUAAUAUGAUUGAGCAAGCAUCAAAACCAGUGAUGCAGGCUGAGACGGCUGUGCAAGAGGGUCAACCCGCAGUCUUCAAAUGCUCUGUCCGGCACACCUGUCCGUCCCAUCAGCCCACUCUCACCUGGAGCCACUCUGGAAAAACAAUGAUGGGCUACACAGAGAUUGGUCAUGGAAAAUGGGAGGCAGAAUCUCUCCUUACCUUCACCCCAACAAAAGAGGAUGAUCACACCUCUAUCACAUGCACAGUCAAGUACCACGGGAGUGUCAGGGGUGAAAUGCAAGCCACUCAGUCUAUCUUUGUGAAAGAACAAGCAACUCUCAGCCACAUCCUCAUACCAACCAUCUCUGGGCUUGGAGCUGCUCUUUUUGUUGGAUUACUGUGUGUUUUCAUUGUCAAGAGAUACAAGAAUCGCAUUGCAGAGCUGCAAUCCAGAAACGACAAUGGAAUAUGGAGUCGACUAUCAAGAAUGUCUCACAGGUUUCGUUCAGGUGAAGGCAGCGGUGGUCCAGGUGGCGUAGAGCAAAGUCAAGGACACAACAGGUUCUAAAGCGCUCUUCUGCAACAAACCAGGACAAAACAAAUCCUCUAAUGGAAAUUUACUCAAUCUGUGAUUUUAUUUGGAUUUUAGUUAUGGUAUAGAGUUGUUUUUUAUGAAUAGAGUUAUCAGCAGUAAUUGAUGGUGUAGGGUUGGAUACUAUCUAUCUAUGCAAAGUUGUACUUUUCUCAUAAAAUUCAUUUUCUCAGUAGAAAUCAGCACUGUCAGAUAAUUUGUCAAAUAUUCAUUAUGAAUAUUGACAAAUAUGGUAAAUAUGGUAUAUAUGUUUUUUUUUUUUUUUUUUUUUUUUUUUUUUUUUGGUAUUAGUAGUUAAUAAUGGGUCUAGUUACAAUAAGGGAAGUCACCUAAACUCAGAUCAGUUGUUUUACAGAUUGUGUGAUGAUUGUUGAUCUGUGUGACCUUACUGAAGAGGUGUGUGUGUGUGUGUAUAUAUAUAUAUAUAUACAUACAUACAUACACACACACACACACACACACCUGUUCAU